UCUCUCUCUCUCUCUCUCUCUCUCUCUCUCUCUCUCUCUCUCUCUCUUGGGGCUUAAUUUAUUUUCUUCUCUAAAGUACUGAGAGGAGCUGAAUUUUAAUCAGCGGUCGAUGGGGAAGGACGUGGAGGCCGCGGCGGAGGCGGGUGAGUUCACCGCGAAGGACUACAUGGACCCGCCGCCGGCGCCGCUGAUCGACGUGGAGGAGCUGACCACGUGGUCGCUGUACCGGGCGGUGAUCGCUGAGUUCAUCGCGACGCUGCUGUUCCUCUACAUCACCGUGGCGACGGUGAUCGGGUACAAGCACCAGUCCGACCCCAACGUGAACGGCACCGACGCCGCCUGCAGCGGCGUCGGGAUCCUGGGCAUAGCCUGGGCUUUCGGCGGGAUGAUCUUCAUCCUCGUCUACUGCACCGCCGGCAUCUCCGGCGGUCACAUAAACCCGGCGGUGACGUUCGGGCUGUUCCUGGCUCGCAAGGUCUCCCUGAUCCGAGCCCUUCUCUACAUGAUCGCGCAGUGCCUGGGAGCCAUCUGCGGCGCGGGGCUUGUCAGGGGCUUCCAGAAGGCCUACUACGUGCGCUACGGCGGCGGCGCCAACGAGCUCAGCUCCGGCUACUCCAAGGGGACGGGACUCGCCGCCGAGAUCAUCGGCACCUUCGUCCUCGUCUACACCGUCUUCUCCGCCACCGACCCCAAGCGCAGCGCCCGUGACUCCCACGUCCCGGUCUUGGCUCCUCUCCCGAUAGGAUUUGCAGUGUUCAUGGUCCACUUAGCCACAAUUCCUAUCACUGGGACUGGCAUCAACCCUGCCAGGAGCUUUGGAGCUGCUGUGAUCUACAACAAGGAGAAGGCCUGGGAUGAUCAGUGGAUCUUCUGGGUGGGACCUUUCAUCGGUGCCGCAAUUGCUGAAGCUUAUCACCAAUAUGUCCUACGAGCUAGUGCUGCGAAGGCUUUGGGAUCCUUCCGUAGCGGCUGAUCAUUCAUGCAACCCUGUUCUUUUUUAACUUAAAAGCAGUGGUGAAGCUUGAAAUUGUUGAUAAGAUCCUUUACUGGGGUGUCCAACUGUAUUCAAUUGUUCAGCACCACUGGGUUUCUUCUAUCGACUUGUACGAGUGCGUCCGUGCGUCAUCUUUCCUUGUAUUUCCUGCUGCUCUCGUCACUUCUCUUCUGCAUCUGUAAUGACUACGUAAGGCUACGAAGCUUCCAACCUUUGUCAUCCUUAAUUUUGUUAA